AUGGGCACAUGGAAGGGCAGACAUAAGCCACCAACACCGGCGCAGACUCGUAGGGAAUUCGAGCGCGUACUGAAAAUCGUGUACGCGGUGAAGUACAAGCUGACAGCAAACAGCAUUCGCCUUUUUGACAAGGAAGUGGAGAACGCUGGCACGGUGGUUGAGAUGCCACAGGAAGAGCGCAUCAAUCCCAUCACCGACGUACCCAACAAGGUCGAAAUCACCGUUGCUGUUCAUAGUGACUGGACGACCAAAGCGUGA